AUGACCUAUAAAGUUCUAAACAGUACAACUUACCAAUUCCAACCUUGCUUAGAGUUUUAUAACUACACCGUUGAAUAUGUCUCAUUAUACUCUAAGUGUUAUUCGUACUUUGAAAGUUUACCUGAACAAGUUAAUUACGAACAGAAGCUCGUUGUUGGUAAAUGGAUGUUGGAUGUUACUUUCAACACUUCGGUAAUUAAAACUAAAAGAAUUGGAAUUUAUAUCACUCACACUUAUGCCGAACUAGAGGAAUCUCUGGGAAAUCCCAGCUUCUUACAAUUCGAUACUGAGGUUAACAAUCAAGCAGUGGCCACUUUCAAACGAACGGCAGUUCGUCGUCUUCCACCACCUUAUGAUACUGAUUGUCUUUAUUACGAACAAUAUGAUUGUAAUCAUAUUAAAACUUGCAUGAGACAUUGUAUCAUGAAUGUUUCAUUCGCUGAGUAUAAAUCAUGGUUCAGUCGAAGCUAUGUCAAAAUGAGGCCAGAAUUUGAGAGCGGCUGGUUUACUAAUCGGUCAGAAAAGGAGAUGUAUGCCAAUUGUUCAAAGAAAUUCAAUAGACCACCUUGUAAUGAUUACCAUUAUUUAGCUAUAUUGACCAGCGAGUUUAAAUCGGAGAUUCAACCUAACGGAACUUUCCAGUUAUCAGUGGCCUAUCCUACGACACCGAAAAUUGAAGUCUAUUUCAAUCCCCGAUUUAAAUUCAUUGAUAUGGUCGUCUUUUUUGGUGGAAUGUUCUAUCUCUGGACUGGAAUAUCGCUGCUUAUGGUUAUUGUUUGGUGCAUGCGAAAGUCUGAUCGUCUUAUUCGGGAAUCGAUAAAUUAUAUCUUUCAAAAGAAGCAGAAUCAAUUACAGAAUAAUCUACGUACUCAUGGGUCACCCUUACGAGCCAAAAUUUCAGUUAUUUCGAAAGGAUGGACUGAAGAUGAGGUCACUUCGAAACCUGUGCGACUUAAUCAAUUUACUUCACAUGGAUUAGCAACUUUCCGAUCACCAUAAUUAAAAAAAUUCAAUCGACAACCUGUUAAUCUCUUGACUAACUUUUCAUUAUCUCCCGUUAGUCAACUCUCAAUUAACUUUCAUUGUAACUGUCUUCGAUUAGCUAACAUAAUACAUAAUGUA